UGCUGUAACUACAGCCCAACCAAGUACUACUGAUGUUGUAUCUACAGCCGAACCAAGUACUACUGAUGCUGUAACUAACACCCAACCAAGUACUACUGAUGCUGUAACUAACACCGAACCAAGUACUACUGAUGCUGUAACUAACACCCAACCAAGUACUACUGAUGCUGUAACUACAGCCCAACCAAGUACUACUGAUGCUGUAACUAACACCGAACCAAGUACUACUGAUGCUGCAACUACAGCCCAACCAAGUACUACUGAUGCAGUAUCUAACACUGAAUCAAGUACUACUGAUGCUGUAACUAACACUGAAUCAAGUACUACUGAUGCUGUAACUACAGCCCAACCAAGUACUACUGAUGCUGUAACUACAGCCCAACCAAGUACUACUGAUGCUGUAUCUAACACCCAACCAACUACUACUGAUGCUGUAACUACAGCCCAACCAAGUACUACUGAUGCUGUAUCUAACACCCAACCAAGUACUACUGAUGCUGUAACUACAGCCCAACCAAGUACUACUGAUGCUGUAACUACAGCCCAACCAAGUACUACUGAUGCUGUAACUACAGCCCAACCAAGUACUACUGAUGCUGUAUCUAACACCCAACCAAGUACUACUGAUGCUGUAACUACAGCCGAACCAAGUACUACUGAUGCUGUAUCUAACGCCCAACCAACUACUACUGAUGCUGUAACUAACACCCAACCAACUACUACUGAUGCUGUAACUAACACCCAACCAAGUACUACUGAUGAUGUAACUAACACCCAACCAAGUACUACUGAUGUUGUAACUACAGCCGAACCAACUACUACUGAUGCUGUAUCUACAGCCGAACCAACUACUACUGAUGCUGUAAAUAACACCCAACCAAGUACUACUGAUGUUGUAUCUAACACAGAACCAAGUACUACUGAUGCUGUAACUAACACCCAACCAAGUACUACUGAUGCUGUAUCUAACGCCCAACCAAGUACUACUGAUGAUGUAACUAACACCCAACCAAGUACUACUGAUGUUGUAACUACAGCCCAACCAAGUACUACUGAUGCUGUAACUACAGCCGAACCAAGUACUACUGAUGCUGUAACUAACACCCAACCAAGUACUACUGAUGCUGUAACUAACACCCAACCAAGUACUACUGAUGCUGUAUCUAACACCCAACCAAGUACUACUGAUGCUGUAACUACAGCCGAACCAAGUACUACUGAUGCUGUAAAUAACACCCAACCAAGUACUACUGAUGCUGUAACUAACACAGAACCAAAUACUACUGAUGCUGUAUCUAACACCCAACCAAGUACUACUGAUGUUGUAACUACAGCCCAACCAAGUACUACUGAUGCUGUAACUAACACCCAACCAAGUACUACUGAUGCUGUAUCUACAGCCGAACCAAGUACUACUGAUGCUGUAACUACAGCCCAACCAAGUACUACUGAUGCUGUAACUAACACCCAACCAAGUACUACUGAUGCUGUAACUACAGCCGAACCAACUACUACUGAUGCUGUAACUACAGCCAAUCCAGGCACACCUGAUGUUUCAACUACAGCCAAUCCAGGCACUCCCAACGUUGUAACUACAGCCAAUCCAGGCACACCUGAUGUUGUAACUACAGACAAGUCAUCUGUUCCAAGUACAACUUCUCCUACUACUCCCUCUACUAUUGCCACCACCACUAAGCCACCAAUUCAGUGUGAGAACGGAGGUACACCUGAAGGACAGUCUUGCAACUGUCCUCCUGACUUCCACGGGGAGACCUGCAGAGAUUUUAAAACUGACAUAGUGCCAGGUACGCUCAAUAGGACAGCGGUGGUUAAUAAUAUGGAAACUAAUUCCCCGUACAUAGAAGCAUAUGAUGACAAAACUUCAACUGAAUACACAGACCAGGUCAAGACAUUCACAACAGAGAUGGAGGAAUACUACAGGAGUAAAGGGAUACGGAAUUUCACAGUGGAAAACGUAACUUUGAGUAAGGGGUCAGCUAUAACCAUACGCUUGGGACGUGGUAUAGAGGAGAAAAGGAUGGAAAAGCCCUUGUACAACCCCAAGGCAGGAUCAUAUCGUUUGAAGGUCAAACACAAUAUCAUUCUGACGGUUCUGAAUGAACCAGGAGCUGAGCAACAGUACACGAAGUUCGUAGAAGACGUUAAUUCAGCUUUGGAAAAUAUGACAUCGUGUCCAGCUCUUCCGGAUUCAGGAUGUCCUACGUUUUCUGUUGAGUCAGUGGAUAAACUACAAGAAACGGCACUUGAUGAGAAAGCUGUAUGUCAGAAAACAAUCAACCUUGAUUUUGCAAAAUACUUUGAGCCUUACAUUAAAGAUGGGAAGUUGCUCUGUUUGACGGCAUGUGACCCCAGACAUAAUAACACUAAAAACUGCAACAGCGGUAUCUGUGAAGUAACCAGAGCCGGACUGUCAUGCAACUGUAAAAACACAAACUCAAUCUGGUACCUGACUGACUGUAACUACCCGAUCCACAAGGCUGGGUUAUACGCCGGAAUCAGUAUAACUGCCGUGGUUGUCCUGGUGAUAUUUGGUGUCCUGAUAGUGUUCCUGGUGGUGAACAAGAAGAAGGAAAAGAGGAAUAAAGACACUAAGCAGGAGAUGGUAAACCAGUGGCUUGAGGAUGACUUUGAAUGGCCCACACCCAACACCAGGUCCACCACAACACCUCACCCAGGGACGUACGAUAACCCAGCAUACACCAAUGGGGUGUCAAAUAUCUACCAACACUCAAGCGGUCCUCUUCCAACCUACAACUCCAACCCAGAGUCGAGCGAAAGAUAUCCUCCACCAUACUACCCCUCAGAGCCCCACAACCAAAUGCACAACUUCCCAAGCAACCAGCCUGUAAGGAUCAACAGACCGCAGAUCAGAACAUCUUAUGACUUGUAGCAUCCUCUUACUCACAAGAAAAAGUGCCUACAGAUGCAGGAUCUUAAUUUGUCUGCGUCUCAAUCCAUUGCAUCCGUCGAUAUCGGCCUUCCUGAUGGGCUGCGUCUCAAUCCAUUGCAUCCACGGAUAUCGGCCUUCAGGAUCUGCUGUGAAAGGUGGCAGAACUACAGUUGUGUUUGUCAGAUCAUGAGACCUCCUGAAAAUCGGGACACUUCAAAACAAACUUCCUUUAAAAACAGAUUGGGGGGGGCUAUCUGUUUUUCCAUGUGUGAAUCUAUUAUUCAAUGCAUUUCUUUGAGCUAAUAGCAAUAAGGCCAAAUUCAAUGUUUCAUCAAAUCAUUUUGGGACUCUAGAGGUUUAAAGCUGCUAAGUAUUUUGUUCUGAGAUAACAGGGUGAUCAAAUUAAGAUCCUACAUCUGUAUGAACAAAUUGAAUGUAAAUGUGGUAAAUACACAUAGGAUUGCUUGCUUGUUUAUGACGGCCGAAUGAGCCAGAGCUCUCUGUUGUUCAGUAAAGCUGCUAGAUACUCUGCUCUGAGACGGUGUCUCUGCCUAUCUUGUCCAAGUAUGUAUAGCAUAUGGUCUUCCAGGAGGGUUUGAGCAGAUACCCACAGAGACCGCUGGUGGCCAGCUCAGGAUGCCUGAAACAUAUAGGAUUAAAACAGCUAUGGUAUUAAUACUCAUAACAGAAUAUUUAUUCAUUUUGACAGUGGAUCAAAUUUUAUUUAGUGCACUUUAAAAGAUUGAAUUCAUCAAUGUGCAUUUGAUCGUUCUAUACCUAGCAAUAGUUAUGGAGGGUUAUAAGUAAUAUAGCUUUUACUUAUUUAUUUUUCUUUGUUUACUUGUUAUUGUAUAUUAGCUCUGUAUUACACUGUAUGCGGUCUGCCAAACAAUUUGUAUCACUGUAAAUACUGUUAUGUAAAUAUGUAAAUUGUAAUCAGAAAUGGAUAACUAUGAUUUUUGUCAUCAAGAAAUAAAAUAGUUUCUGAAAAUGUUCCAAUGUCAAUUGUAAAAGUUCAAAGUUCUUUUUGAAACCUGAUGCAGUACGGUACACAGUGGUGUCCGAAAUUACUGACACCCUUGAUAAAGAUGAGCAAUAAUGACUGUAUUAAAUAAAUAAUUCAAGUACUGAACUACA